AUGUGGGAGAUAUGCAUGUGGGAUCCGCACGAUCAAACAGGGCCUUUGGGCAGAAAGGAGCUGAGAGGUAAUUUCCACAAGGGCAUUACGCCAAGGGAGAUCGUCAAACAAAUUCGGUACUCUCUACUCUACGGAUACGGUACAAUGGGUGACAAUGAGGUCACCGACCCCGGCUGGAUCUGA